CACAACAGUGAAGAAGAAGAAUAUGUAUAGGUUAUAAGGAAGUCAUAACUAAUCUUACCAUUACGGUAAAGUAAUUAUUAAUGAAUCAAUUCAUAGAAACUACUAAUAAUACAAAUCCACAAAGAAAAAUAUCUUCAAUAGGUAAAGCGCUCGUCGGAAUUACAGGAGGUAUCGCUAUUGGUUUAACUAUAAUAUGUGCCCCAUUUAUUAGCCCCGCACUAAGAAAGUAUUGUCUACCUUAUAUACCCGCCACAAAUGAACAAAUCGCCAAUAUUUUAUCUGCUUUGAAAGGAAGGAGUGGAACACUUUUAGAUUUAGGAUCAGGUGAUGGACGGAUAGUUUUAGAAACUGCUAAACAUAAUUUCAUUUCACAUGGUGUAGAACUUAAUCCAUGGUUAUUAUUAUUUUCUAAAAUCAAUGCAAUUCGGGAAGGCAAAUCUAAUAAGGUUAAAUUUUAUAGAAAAGAUUUGUGGAAAUACGAUCUCUCACUUUAUGAUAAUGUAGUAAUUUUUGGAGUGGAACAUAUGAUGAAUGAUUUAGAGAAGAAAUUUCUUCGAGAAUGUAAAUUAGAUUGUAAUAUAGUAGCAUGCAGGUUUCCUUUACCUAAUGUCAAACCCAUAAAGACUGUUGGACAUGGGAUAGACACUGUGUGGGUUUAUAAUUUGACAAAAUUGAAUUUAAAUGUUGAUCGACUGUCUCAUUAAAAACAAUAAAGUAUUAUUUAACCCCC